GAAAUGAGCUCAGGCGACACCUCAGAGGAGUGAAAGCUUAUGCUAUGGUGUAUAUCAAUCACUUCUAGUUACAACAACUCACAAGCUUUGCUGUUUACCCGACAGCUUGCUGCGCAAUCGCAAAUCAAUCACUUGUAUUUGUAAGCUACAUUGUGUAGUGAAAAGAUCUUGGACUCCGGGUACUUUUGAGAACUGUCAGGACGUAGAUUUGCACCUGUAUUAUCGAUGAGCAUCAAUGAAGGUGUUCAUAAAAUUAUGUGUCGUACAGGCCAUAUCGCGCUAGCCUUACAAGGGCGACAAGGGUGACAAAGCAUGCUAGACAGCAAAAUGCUUCCUAAGACAUCUCAACGAGCAUAAAUAAGAUCUCUGUUC